AUGGAGAAGUUCGUGUUGAAGAGCUCCGACAAUGUAUCCUUUGAAGUGGAAGAAGCGGUGGUACGUCAGUGUAAGAUGUUGUUUCCUAUGGUUCAAGAUUGCGCCGGUCGUGUAUGCCCGAUCAAGAACGUCACAGGCGAAAUCCUCGAGAAGGUGGUCGAAUACUGCAAGAAACACGUCGUUGUCGUCCACGGUGGCGAUUCUUCUUCAUCAUCCAACUCCUCCUCCGGUGAUGAUCUCAAGAAGUGGGACGCUGAGUUCAUCUCGAAGAUGGAUCUUUCUACGGUUCAUGAUCUCAUCAAGGCUGUGGACUACUUGGACAUCAAAGGUCUUUUUGAUCUCACUUGUCAGAGAUUUGCUGAUGAGAUCCGAGCAUGCAAAGGCCCCGAGGAGAUGCGCGAAAAGUUCAACAUCGAGAAUGACUUUACGGCAGAGGAGGAAGGAGAGAUUCGCAGGAAGAACGCGUGGGCUUUUGACGAACGAGAGGGUUAA